UCGUAGAGUGUUGAUGUGAGGUCGUAAUUGAGGCUAAAAUGUGUGUUUUGCAGCCUUGCUCUUCUCAAAAGACCUUCUUAAUUAAGUUGCAGACGUUUAGGAGUUGAAAUGUCGUCCCCCUGCACUACUGUCUCACUUAAGUCGUGCUACUAUUCGUCAUCGGAGAGCUAGCUUGUGACGGUGCGAUGGAAGCCGGCUCUGAAAAGCAGCCGCUGCCGUCGACUUCCACUGCCAACCUGGGGUGCAGCCAAGCACACGACCCUAACUACGAUGAUUCUUCGUCGCAAACAGCUUCGGAAACGAUGGAAUGGUUUUCGCCCGCGGACGGCGGAAGCCAAGAGCAAGACAGCGAGGACCCCGACGACAUCGGAGAGUUCUUUUUUGAAUCGGACCACCUGGCGUUGCGCGGCAAUUCGGACUAUCGCAACAUGCUGAAGACGCUCGCAGUGCUCGAAGCUCAGCGUGUGCAGGUCAUACAAGACAUUGAAAAGCUCAUUGAAGUCCGUGAAGAUGCUCUGGCGGACCCAGUCAGAUUCGUUGAGAGGCUCCAGAAGAAGGAAGACCUUGGCAUUCCACUUCCGCAACUGGUUGCCCCACUGCCAGACAUAGACUGGAGCCAGUACAGCCUCAUGGGCAUUCAGCAAGGAAUAGAGGGAAAGCGUCAGCUGACGAGGCAUGCAGCCAAGGUUGAGCCUAGACAGGCGGCCACAUCUAGGGCUCAAAGCAACGGGUCAGGCAGCAGCAACGUUCUGAUCAGAGGACGUGUCUUUAAUGAGAACAAGCCUGCGACGUUCAACCAGCUGUGGACAGCGGAGGAACAGAAGCAGCUUGAAGAUCUGCUCAUCAAGUAUCCACCGGAGGAAGUGGAAAGCAGGCGGUGGCAAAAGAUUGCAAACGCUCUGGGAAAUCGGACUCCGACCCAGGUUGCCAGCCGCGUCCAGAAGUAUUUUAUCAAGCUGGCCAAGGCUGGCCUGCCUGUUCCCGGCAGGAUACCCAAUGUCGCAACACCACGCAGGUUAGGUUCUGGGCACUCCCGGAGGAGCUACCACCAUCACGGUCCUGCAAGGUCGUCAAGCUACAUGUACUCCCACUCGACAUUCUUUGCCUCUCACAGACCACCUGUCUUCAUGUCAGAAGCAGAUGAUGACUCCGGCUCUUCAUCAUGGGGGUACCUGGAGAUGCAAAACGGAAGCCAGGAUAAGCCUGAAGCGGCACCUGCAGAGGAUGACGACGUGCAGGUCGAUGCCGCCAUAAAGGAGUCCCCCGAGUACCAGGAACUCAUGGCUCUCAGGAAGGUCCGCAAGGAACGAAUGAAACAGGCUGGACUCGCGCAGCACGUGGGGUUCCGCUGCGAUCGGUGCGAGUGCGAUCCUAUUGUGGGCACCAGGUGGCACUGCACCGACUGCCCCGCGGAUGCCUCCAUCGAUUUUUGCAGCGACUGUGUCGACUGCAUGCACGAGACGGCGACCCACAAGGAGGACCACCACUUGGAGGCCGUUCACGUGGCACAAGACAGCUCGACGUUCCACGAUAGGGACUACAUGAGCUUCACGGGUGCUGAUUACAACUACCUCGACCCCAACUACUUCCCUGGCUCCAGCUGACGGCUGAGGACGGUGAUUGAAGACUGCAGUGUGGCGUUACAGUGUGCAUUGUACUGUAGCAUGUGCAACGAUUGCACAAAUGUGUAUUUCAUGUACUCUGUGCUACAAUUUGUGCAACGUAGCUUGUGUGACAAUUUGCACAUAUGCGCGUUUCUGUAGACGCUUCUUGCGGUGAGGAGGAACACAGCUUCGAACUCAACGCACUUUCACUGCCAUGCCACUCACCUCCUUACUGUUAUGUGUGCAGACUGCCAACUCUUUCAUGGCAGCUUGGAGCAGUAGCGGUGUUGCGGUGAAUUACUGUGAUUUAAUGUGUCUAAUUUGUUUCACAUGUAAUGUGAGUAAUAUAGGGUAAAUGAGCCACCAGUGUGCUGUUUUCGACUUCAGAAAUAACUUUUGGAAGCAAAAGACACACCAUUCUCCUUUAAUUUAAGGAACAUUCUCUUUUAAUUAUGCGACAUUUUUCACAUUAACUUAACACUUUCUGAUCAAAAUUUUUUCACUGAAAUGAAAAUUUUAUAUUUAGGUGCUUCUGAAUGACCAAAGAAUAAAAAUAAAGAAAUGAUCCCCACUGGA